GCGUUAUUUAAUGUCCGGGGUCCCCUGGAAAGAUCCAAAUGCACCCCCAACCCCCCUCCCCCCAAAACCCGAUGGAGUGAUCAAGAUACGAUUUUCUGUGGAUGAAUCACUUGCGGUAUCUCAUUUCUUCGAAGUUUGAUAGCCGAGGAACCAGCUUCGGGCAUCUUAAAUUGUUCGUGUCACCUUCUCAUUCAUUGUUGCAGUUGACACGUGAUUCACUGACCGAAGCAUCAUGCCACUUUUUCACUGCCCCAUUCGUGAAUCAGCCUUGUCCCGCGAAUAGCACUAUAAUACUGACCUUACGGCCUACCGUUCUCAAAUUUGCUUUCACGUUCUCCAAAAAAGCAAAGUUGCUACAAUUUCUCUUUCAAUUCAGCAUUCGAGAUGCCUUCCUCAAUACUCUCCAACAUGGCAGCAUCUCAUCUACCUCACAUAUCUCUCAAAACCGCCAUCGUUCAACCUGGGAUGUCCAAAUCACCCCCCUUCACCUCAGAAGUCCCGGGUUCUCCCCAAGUAGACGGCGAGACCAUCCCGCGUCGAAACGCCAAAUUCGUCAACUCCCUCGUCUCCCGUCCAUGUGGAGAAGUAUCCACGCUUUUCGACAUACUGCUCCGCUCAGCUGAGAAAUUCGGAGACUUGGAGGCCAUGGGAACGAGGAGGUUGAUCGAGACACAUUUUGAGAUUAAGAAGGUGAAGAAGGUGGUUGAGGGUGUGGAAAGGGAGGCAGACAAGAAGUGGGUUUUUUUUCGAGAUGGGGGAGUUUGAGUUUGAGAGUUUUGGGGGGUAUGUGGGACGGUGUUUAAAGUUGGGUGCUGGGUUGAGGAAAUUGGGACUAGAGCCAGGGGAAAGGGUGCAUGUUUUUGCUGCUACGAGGUAA